AUGCAACGUAUACCUCGAAGAGUCAUGGUGGCCAUGUCAGGUGGCGUCGAUUCCAGCGUUACAGCAGCCUUGUUGAAGCAGCAGGGACACAAUGUCCAAGGCAUCUACAUGCGCAAUUGGGAUACAUCGGAUGAACGAGGAGUCUGUACAAGCGUACAAGAUUGGGAGGACGUGCAACGAGUGUGUGAUCAGCUAUCGAUUCCUUGUCGACAAGUGAACUUUGUUAAAGAAUACUGGAACGAGGUGUUUGAGCAGACAUUGAACGACUAUGCAAGAGGAUUGACACCCAACCCUGAUAUCCAAUGCAAUCAGCAUAUCAAAUUCGGUUCACUAUUGGCACAAGUGCCACCAGACACAUGGCUUGCCACCGGUCAUUAUUGCCGUACGGAUUCACGUGGUCGUCUUUUACGUGGUCGAGAUCGACAUAAAGAUCAAUCCUACUUUUUAUCCGCCGUCCGCCAAGAUGCCUUACAGCGUACCAUGUUUCCAUUGGGUGAAUUCCAAUCAAAAGCACAAGUCAAGAGCCUUGCAGCCGAAUUAGGAUUACAUAGCGUUGCCAAGAAACGUGAGAGCUAUGGCAUCUGCUUUGUGGGUCAACGUCGUCGCUUUGCUGAUUUCCUAGCCGAGUACAUCGAUCAACCACCAGGCCCAGCUAUCGAUAUCGACACUGGCACUGUGAUUGGUGAACAUCGUGGUCUUUAUGGUUAUACUAUUGGUCAAGCAUCAGGCAUCUGUCAUGGACCCCACAAGUGGUAUGUUGCCAACAAGCAAUUGGAUGACAACACUCUAUUGUGCGUAGCAGGUUCAGACCAUCCAGCACUCUUUCACUCAGCUUGCCGUACACGUGAUUGGAUUUGGAUCAACGGCCAUCCACCAGUGGAUCUUUCCAAAGGUCAACGUCUUCUUGUCGAUGUCCAAGUUAGGUACCGCAUGAAACCCGAAAAGGCCUUGGUAUCCCUGAGCAAAGAUAAUCCCAAUCAUUGUCACGUCCAAUUCAUCGAUCCCAUUCGUGCUCUCGCGCCUGGUCAACAAGUAGUCAUUUACCUAGAUGAUUGGUGCCUUGGUGGUGGUGUCAUUGACGAUAUCACUAUUGCAUCCUCUUCUUCUUCCAUUGCAUUACCAUCAUUAGCAUCCUCCUCCUCAUCCAUGUAG